AUGCCCUUCUUCCUGAAGGGAAUGGCCUUCGUCCCCUUCCUCCUGGUGACCUGGUCGUCCAGCGCCUUCAUCAUCUCCUACGUGGUCGCUGUGCUCUCCGGGCACGUCAACCCCUUCCUCCCCUACAUCAGUGAUACGGGAACCACACCUCCAGAGAGUGGUAUUUUUGGAUUUAUGAUAAACUUCUCUGCAUUUCUUGGUGCAGCCACAAUGUACACAAGAUACAAAAUAGUGGAAAAGCAGAACCAAACCAGCUAUUUCGGCACUCCUGUUUUAAACUUGGUGUCCCUGGUUCUGGGGUUGGUGGGGUGUAUCGGAAUGGGCAUCGUCGCCAAUUUUCAGGAGCUGGCUGUCCCCGUGGUCCACGAUGGCGGCGCGCUUCUGGCUUUUGUCUGCGGGGUGGCAUACACGUUCCUGCAGUCCAUCAUCUCUUACAAAUCGUGCCCCCAGUGGAACAGCCUCCCCACGUGCCGCACGCGGAUAACCAUCUCUCUCAUUUCCUGCGCCGCUGUCGUGCCCAUGAUUGCCUGUGCUUCACUAAUUUCCAUAACCAAGCUGGAGUGGAAUCCACAAGAAAAGGAUUAUGCAUAUCACGUGGUGAGUGCGACCUGUGAGUGGACAGUGGCGUUUGGUUUUAUUUUCUACUUCCUAACAUUCAUCCAUGAGUUCCAGAGCGUCACCCUGCGGAUAUCCACAGAACUCAAUAAUGACAUUUGAAGGAAGAAGAAUGGUAGCUUACUCACUGACAGUCACAGUUUGCAGAAGUGGCGCGGACAGGGUGUGAACGCCACCCGACGGCAGGCGCCCGUGGCGCGCCCGGGACUUGAAUGUCACUAAGCAUUCCCAAUAGUUGUACUGUUUCCAAAGGUAUGUUUUCCUAGAGAAUGCAGAGCGUUAAUGACAUAGCAAUGUUUUAAUACUUUUCUAAACUGACACUUUUUUAUAUUCACAAAUUCAUUACCCGAAAGACAAGGUGUUACGGGAAAUGGAGAGCUCUUAUUUUUGUACAGAUUCUGUUUCGUAGUGUCUUUGUGUGUGAGUGAUUUCUGGAAAUACACUAAAUGAGGAAUUCAUUAACAAGUAAAAUCAGGAUAUUUUGAGAAUGAACUGUAUAAUUUUGUAUCGUGAGGGCAUUUGUACAAUUCAGCGUUUGGUGAUCA